UCCACAUGUUCAUUUCUAGAUCGAACAAACGAAAGACAUCUGUCCAACUCACAAAAUAGGAUGAAACGGCGCACAUUAAUGCGGCCGCCUCAGGUAUCGACGGUUGAAGCUGAUAACGAUGACAACAAAACACCAAAGAAGACUGGUGUACAGGCUAAGAAAGGAAAGCAUCUUGAAGAGAAAAGUAGAAGAUGUCGAAUUUUUAUCAAAGUUCUCCAAGUUGUAUUUCUCAUUGUCAUUGUCCCUCCAUUGUUAAACUACGCGUCUCUUCAGAAAGAAAUCAAAGAACUGAAGCCCGUACCAGGUGAGCUUUACGAUGUUGGUUGGGGGCAGAAGAUUUUUAAAAUGUGUCAAGGGAAAGGCCCACCAACAGUGAUAUUUGAUGCCCCAGGAGGUCAGACUUCAGAUGUUUGGACAUUGAUCUGGCCGCAUGUGGCUAAGAAUGCUCGGAUCUGUGUGUAUGAUCGGGCAGGUCUGGGUUUCAGUGAAAGACCAAUAAUGAAUGUGACAGAAGAUGCCAAUGAGUCGAAGAGUAAUUACAGGAACAGAUGGCAGCCAUUUACGGUAGAAAGAAUGGCUGAUGACCUUAAUCACUUGUUGACUGUGAGCAGUGAGGAGCCUCAACCUUUCAUCUUUGUCGGGGCGGAAUUGGGGGCACUGGUCGCACAGUUCUACUCACAAAUGUUUGAUAAUCAGAUAGCUGGGAUGGUUCUGAUCAAUCCAACCUCUGACGGCCUGUUUGAACAGGAUGGUGGAGCCUGGCAUCAAUACUGGUACGGCCAGAUGGUACCAAUGUUCCAAAGCCUACAACUUGGGGCGGCACUUGGUCUUACACGACUAGCUCUACUAUUAGGCUUCCUUCAUCAGCCUCUUUUUGACUCGGAGUUACCUGAAAAUGUUAAAUAUCGUCAAAAACAUCUGCUUUGUCACCCUAAACACCUAAGUUCUGUUGUGGACGAACAUCACUUCAUCAAUGAGUCGUUUUCACAGCUAAGAACAGUGCGAAUGAUAAAAUCACUACCAAGUAAUAUAUCAGUAACAAUUAUAAGUGGAAAUUACUACGACGAACAGAUGCCAAGCUAUCUUAAUAAGGCUUGGGCCAAAUCGGAGCAGAUUUUACUGACGAAACAUUACCCUAACUCCAAGCACAUAGUUAUCAACAGUGCUGAUCGUCACAUGUUGUACAACAAUCCGUCCAGCGUCACAGAACCAAUCAACAGGAUUGUCCGACAAUGGAAGAGCAAAAUAAAAGUUCAGAAAAAAUCCUAAACUGAUCUGUAACAAUCCAAUGCCAUUUUAAAUAAAAUUUUUGGUUUUUU